UGGAAUCUUAACAGUGCAUCGGGCUCACGAGUAUAAGUACCUUCUGGUGCGCAUUUGAUCGCCGCUGUGCGAGCUGCGUUCUGGCAAAAUGCGACCGACAGCAUUGCCGUGGAUUGCUUCUACAGCUCUAGUCUUUUCGACGCUUUGCUCUGCCGCCAAUGCUGUGAAAACAUGUACACUUAGUCCCCUUGGUCAUGGAAGAGACGAUACGGACCAGGUCGAAGAAGCGAUUGCAAAAUGCGGGCAAUCUGGGCAUACUGUGUUUGAGCCUGGUCAGUAUAACAUCACUAGGAAAAUGACCUGGAAUCUCGUCGAAUCUACCAUCGACUUGCACGGAUAUCUGAAUUUUGUCCCUGACAUUCAGUAUUGGCUCAAUCCGAACAAUACAUAUCGAGUUGUCUUCAUUCAAGACCAGGCAUCGUGGUUUGUCGUAACUGGCCGUUCCUUCGAGAUUGAUGCCCACAGCACCGGAGGUAUCAUGGGGAACGGCCAGACGUGGUGGUCCUACUACUCCGCAAACAACAUUACUCGCUUAGACGGCGACGGUCGACCCAUUGCGCUCACCUUGGUCAACGUGACGAACGGCACGGUGAAAAACUUCCGGAUCGAGCAGCAGCCUUUCUGGUGCAAUGCUGUCGCAGAGUCGCAGAGCGUGGUGUAUGACGGAAUGUUAUGCAACGCCACAAACGAGGAUCCUAGGUUUGUGGGUCAAAACAUCGUGCCGAACACUGAUGGUAUUGAUACAUAUCGAUCCGACGACGUAACGAUGAUAAACUGGGACAUUACUUGCGGUGACGACUGUUUAGCUAUCAAAGGAAACUCGACAAACGUCGUGGCACGCGACAUUACUUGUCGCGGGGGAAACGGUAUUGCCAUAGGCUCCCUAGGACAAUACGUGAAUCUCCCUGACAUCGUGAAUAAUCUCACUAUCGAGAAUGUACAGGCCAUUCGCCUCGACUCAAACGUGCAGCCGAACAUGGGGACAGGUAUAUAUUUCAAAACAUGGACAGCAACGGUGCACGGUGUGCCGCCUACCGGAGGGGGUGGGGGCGGAGGGCACGUCUCGAAUGUGCUCGCCAGAAACUUCAGCUUAGAUCGCGUUAGCUUGCCUAUCCAUCUCUACCAAACGAAUGACGGACAAUCCGGCGAUGCGCCCUCGAAGCUGCAGUUUAGCAACCUGGCGUUCGAAGAUUUCACCGGGACGUCGUUAUCUGACGAAAUCGUGGAUAUCGAAUGCAGUGCCGCGGUGCCGUGCCCAAACAUAUCUUUCAGGAACAUCAAUGUCGUUCCCCCUUCGGGAGACGCGCCGGAGUACGUCUUCAAGAAUGUCGUGAACGAAACGGGUCUCCCGAGUAGCUAAGGUAGAAACGAAUUCAUGUUUGGUCUGAGAUGCCGCACAACCGACAGGAGGCUGG